UCAUCUGGUCGAGUUCCCCGACGAGAUGGGCCGUCCACGUCGGCGAGGUUUUUCGAACCAGGCCUUCAAAACCAGAAACGUUCAAUGCCUCUCAGAUCACGGCCGUUCCGUCUGCGUUGUAUCGGCAAUAUACGCAAGCAUCACUGAUGGGCCCCCAUGCCGUGAGAAGUCAGAGCCUUGAUAGAUGGGCCACGUCCGGAGCCAGUGCGUCAGAGAAAGAAACUUCGAACAUCGCGAAUCUACUGAAACAUCGCCGAGGCUUCUCCGCCGUGAUCAGGAACCUUUGCCAACGAGCACCGGCAUCGGCCAAGCACCACGCGAAAACGGCAGCGCAUCCGUCGAGCCGUGAACAGGAAGGGAGGAACGAUACCCAAAGUCGUCGGAACAGACGCCUCUCAAAAAGACCGCUUGCGGUUCUUGUCGUACUCCCUCUUCGCCCUGAAGCUAUCGUGAUACGACUGCAGAGCUCUGACGUUCUCCUCGUGGGCCUUGCAAGCCUGGAUGUUCUGUUGCUGCAAGGCAGCGAGGUUCUUCCGAUAUUCCUCGUUGGAGGAGAUGGCCCGCUCGAUCUGAGUCUUGGUUUCUCGCAAACGCUUGAGUUUCUCGUGCAGGUGGUCACAUCGCUCGUUGUAGCCGAUCUUCUCUUGUUCGGAGAUGCCGCGGCUAGUCAGCAUGGUUUGGAAGCGGGUCCAUUCCUGUUCGGAGGUUUGGAUGCUGGCUUCGAGGUCGGCUUUUUGACCGCGGAGGACGUUGUCGUCGAGAGAGGACAUGGUGUGGAUGAUUCAGGCGCGAGGGAGAUUUUGUGGUGGAAGAAAGGAAGCUAGGCGAUGGUACGAUAUCUCCUGCAUCAUUCCGAUCGUUUUAAACUUACGAUGGCGUGUGUCUUCUUAUAUUGUGA